CCGCCUCUCCCGCCGGCUUUUUGGCUUCUGGUGGUGGCGGCCGAGCUGCAAAUACCCUCGGCUUAGAUCCCGGCCGCAGAUACCAGGGUUUUGUAAUCAGGAAGCACCUUAACAGUCAGGGGUGGGCAGGCCACAGCCAGAAGAGUGACUACAAUGACAUCAGCAGUACUGGUGGACAUACAAGAAGAGGUGACAUGCCCUAUCUGCUUGGAGCUCCUGACAGAACCCCUCAGCAUAGACUGUGGCCACAGCUUCUGCCAGGCCUGCAUCACGACAAAUAGCAAGGAAUCUGUGAUUGGCCAAGAAGGGGAGACCAGCUGCCCUGUGUGCCAGACCAGCUACCAGCUCGGGAACUUGCGGCCUAAUCGGCAUCUGGCCAGCAUAGCAGAGAGACUCAAAGAGGUGGCUCUGAGCUCAGGGAAGCCGUUGAUGGCGAUUCUGUGCGCACACCAUGGAGAGAAACUCCAGCUCUUCUGCAAGGACGAUGGGAAGGUCAUUUGUUGGCUGUGUGAGAGGACCCAGGAGCAUCGAGGUCACCAAACCUUCCUCAUGGAAGAGGUCGCCCAGGAGUAUCAGGAGAAGUUCCAGGAGUCCCUGAAGAAGUUGAGGCAAGAGCAGCAGGAAGCUGAGAAACUGAAUGCUGUCAUUAGAGAGAAGAGAGCAUCCUGGAAGAAUCAAGUGGAACCGGAGAGACACAGGAUACAGACAGAAUUUAGUAAGUUAAGAAGCAUCCUGGAUAAAGAAGAGCAGCGGCAGCUGAAAAAGCUGGAGGAAGAAGAAAGGAAGGGCUUGAAUCUUCUAGAACAGGCAGAGCAGGAGUUGAUCCUGCAGAGCCAGUCACUGGGCCAGCUGGUGUCUGAUCUGGAGCGUCGGUGUCAGGGCUCAACCAUGGAACUGCUGCAGGAUGUGAGUGAUGUCACGAAAAGGAGUGAGGUCUGGACCCUGAAGAGACCAGACACGCUGCCAACCAAGCUAAACAGUGGAUUUCGAGCCCCAGAUCUGAAAAAAAUGCUGCGAGUGUUUAGAGACUUGACAGAUGUCCAGAGCUACUGGGUGGACGUGACCCUGAACCCAUACACAGCUACUUUAAAUCUUGUGCUGUCUAGAGACCUGAGGCAAGUGAGGUAUGUGGGUGGUGAGCUGCCUGGGUCUCCCCUGGAUGAGUAUUAUGACUGCAGUGUCCUGGGCUCUCAGCACUUCUCCUCAGGAAAGCAUUACUGGGAAGUCGACGUGACCAGGAAGACUGAGUGGAUCCUGGGUGUGUGCACCCACUCCACGGAACCUACAUUGUCUCUCAGUCAGUUUUCACACGGUCGGAAUGCUUACUCUAGAUACCAACCCCAGAGCGGAUACUGGGUGAUUGGGUUGCAUCAUGAGCAUGAAUAUCGAGCUUACGAGGACUCUUCCACUUCCCUGCUCCUCUCCAUGACAGUGCCCCCUCGCCGCGUUGGGGUGUUCUUAGACUAUGAAGCUGGCACUGUUUCCUUUUAUAAUGUCACAAACCACGGCUUCCCCAUCUACACCUUUUCAAAGUAUUACUUUCCUACCACCCUCUGUCCAUAUUUUAAUCCCUGCAACUGUGUCGUUCCAAUGACCAUGCGUCGCCCAAGCUCUUGAACAUUCUCCACUCUCAGCCGAUGACAGGUCUGAAGUGGGUAGAUGGGAGAAAGCUUUCAACGUUUCGCCGUUAAACAUGAAAUCUAAUAGAAGUACCUUAUGGAUCAAAUGUACAAAGCUGUCAAUUGAUUUGCUACAAGUUGUUAACUCUCAGUGAACAUUUGGGUUUCAGGAGAGUAUCUCUAAGAUAAUUGACUUGUUUUUACUCGGCAGUUGGAAUACAUUUUUUUCAGUUGUAAAUCUAACACAGAUUCCUAAAAUAAAACACUUGUUAUUCUUCAUAUGCAAUACUGUAUUCCUUUUGUCGAUAAAUUGCUUAGGUUGUGUGUGUUUUUUUUUUUAACAUGUUACCUCUUUUUUUUUUUUAUCUUUCAAUUUUUUUUGUAUUAUCUUUAUUUAUUUAUUAGAUAGAGACAGCCGGAAAUCAAGAGCUGAGCAAUAAGUGUGGUAUACAAAGUGCUGAGUCAGUUGUGAAGAUUGUAGGCCCAUAAAGAAAAUGAUGGUCAACACAUUUUUUUUUUUUUUAAACCAGAGUACUGCUUAGCUCUGGCUUAUGGUGGUGCAGGGGAUUGAACCUGGGACUUUGG